AAAUAGGACUUGUAUUAUAAUAUAUAUAAGUUUUACUACAACUUUUAACAGUAACAUUAAGCAAAAUGGCUUUCAAAGAGUUGCAACCCUCAGAAAUAUAUUUCAGUCAGCGCACGAUUGCAAGCUGUUUUAGAAAAGAAUCCAGAUAUGCAAAGAAAUUAAUAGGAGAAACUUUAGACGAUUUAGUAGUGGGACGCUGUAGAAUAGAAGAUUUCCCCAAAAUCAGUGUGGUCAAGAAAAAUGGAGUUUGGGUAUCAGCAGACAAUAGGCGACUAUGGAUCUUAAGACAACUAGAAGCUUUAGGACUGUGUGAAAGAACUAAAGUGAAAGUUAGAAAAAGUCUUGGUCCAGGCAAAUAUGUAAUUGAAGAAGAAGUACAGAUUCGCGGGAACCCUGGAGGAGUGAUAUAUACAAAUAUAUCUCAGAUAGUUCAUGAAUGUUUAGAGGAACUGCUAGGAGGUCUGUCACAAUUGCAUUUAAACGCAAACCAAACGUAAAACAUGGGAAAAUAUA